AUGUAACUAUCGGGAUUACGCCUUCAGGCUUGAAAAGUGUAAAAAGAAUAAGGAUCAUCUUUUGACGGUCAAUCACCCUCCCGAUCCCCGAAAUUUGUCCAUUUUUCUCUGAUUCCCGAUUGUGUGAAGCUGAGUUUCAAAUCUCAAAUUCAAUCAGAGAGGCACAGUCGGGCGGUGAGAGCCCGCCCCGGCGGCGAAGGGUGUCGAUUAGAAGCUCGGAGGGCCACGCCCUAGUGGAAAAUCGAUGCAGCUUCGACGGAGGCGGCGGCGCUUUGCCGCAGCUCGGAUGCCGCCUGUUAUGGUGGGGAAAAUAAGAAGAACACAACCACCCACAAGGGACAAGGCAACGAGGCCAGAAACCACUCAGUACUCACAUCCAAUUGUAACUCCGAGCUCUCAACCAAGCACAAGCAAACACCAUGGCGGAGGCAGUUGUAGGAGUGUUGGUUACCAAGCUCGGUGUAGCCUUAGCGAAAGAGGCAGCUACCUUUGGUUCGUCACUGCUUUUCAAGGAAGCGUCCGCCCUCAAUGGUCUCUUUGGUGAGAUCCGUGAAGCCAAGGAUGAACUUGAGAGCAUGCAAGGCUAUCUGCAGCGGGUGGAGAGGUUCAAGGACACUGAUGAGACCACUGGCAUCUUUGUCAACAAGAUCAGGGGCUUUGCUUUCGAGAUCGAGGAUGUUGUCGAUGAAUUCACAUACAAGUUGGAGGAUACACAUGGAGGAUUUGCUGCCAAGAUGAAGAAGAGGAUCAAACAUGCCAAGACAUGGCGACGUCUGGCACUCAAGCUGCAACAAGUUAAGAGAAAACUUAGAGAUGCUGAUGAGAGGAAACUACGCUAUGAGAUUCGAGGAAUUGACAACGAUGUCGGAAGCAUUGGCUGUCAAUCCAAGAUUGUAGAUGCAGCUUCCUAUUUCGCGAAGGAUGAUGAUCUUGUGGGGAUUGAGGAGAACAAGAAGCGGUUGAUGCAAUGCAUCACAUAUGAUUCUAAAGAGCAGAGCAUGGUUGCAACAGUUUGGGGGAUGGGUGGAGUUGGUAAGACUACUCUUGUCUCCCAUGUCUACAAUUUAGUGAAAGAUGACUAUGAUACUGCUGCAUGGGUUACAGUUUCAAACAGAUACCAAGUUGAAGCCUUGUUAAAGAUGAUCGCCAAACAAUUUGGUGUCAAAGUUGAUGUUGCUAGUAUGGGAAAAAGAGCCAUAACCGAGGUAAUCUAUACCCACCUGCAAGGUAAAAAGUACAUCUUGAUUCUGGAUGACGUUUGGGGUGUGGAUGUGUGGUUCAGUAUAAGGGAUGCAUUUCCUACAUGUAGCGGUAGUCGAUUUGUUAUUACCUCAAGAAUCCAUGAGGUAGCAUCGCUAGCAACUGGUAAUUCGGUAGUUGAACUGCACCCACUGCAAGAAGCACAGUCAUGGCAGUUAUUUUGCAAGGAGGCGUUUUGGAAAGAUCAAAACAGAACAUGCCCAGAGGGAUUAAAGCUUUUAGCUCAGAAGUUUGUGACCAAGUGUAGUGGCUUGCCCAUUGCGAUUGCAUGCAUUGGCCGCCUGCUGUCCUGCAAACAACCAACAUAUUCUGAUUGGGAGAAUGUUUACACGGAAAUAGAGCUCCAACUAACUAAUAAUGCGAUCCUGGAUGUUAAUAUUAUUCUGAAAGUCAGCUUGGAGGACCUUCCGUAUGAUCUGAAGAAUUGUUUCCUACACUGUGCAUUAUUCCCAGAAGAUUAUGACAUAAAGAGGAGGAGAGUAAUGAGGCAAUGGAUUGCUGCUAAAUUUGUCAGAGAAAAGGAUAACAAAACACUAGAGGAAGUGGCAGAGAGAUUCUUGACUCAGCUUGUGGAUCGAAGCUUACUACAGGUAGUGGCAAGGAACAGUGGUGGCCGAUUGAAAUGCCUUCGGAUGCAUGACGUCAUACGCCUUCUCGCUCUUAACAAAGCCAAGAAGGAAUGCUUUGGUAAAGUUUAUGAUGGAUCCAGAGCAUUCUCUGUAGAGGGCACACGUCGCAUAUCGAUCCAGAGUGAAAACAUUGAACAACUGAGUAGAUCUUGUGGAACACAUCUCCGAGCACUCCAUGUCUUUCAGAGUUAUAUCAAUAUUAAUUUGCUCAAGUCAAUCCUAGAAUCUUCGAGUUUGCUGUCGACGUUGGAUCUGCAAGGUGCACAGAUCAAAAUUCUACCUAAACAAAUAUUCAACUUGUUCAAUUUGCGGUAUUUGGGUGUUAGACAUACUGGUAUUGAAACUCUGCCUGAAGCAAUAGGAAGGUUACAAAACCUACAAGUCUUGGAUGCGUACAACACUGAAUUGUCAUAUUUACCAAACAACGUGGUAAAACUUCAUAAGUUGCGGUACUUGUACGUAUGUGCUGGUGGGACAGAAUUUGAUAAGUUUGCUGGAGUCAAGGUGCCUGAUGGCAUGCUGCACUUAACGGCGCUGCGAGCUCUGCAAUAUGUGGAAGCCAGCUCAAAGAUUCUGCAUGAAGUUGAAGCAUUGAUGGAGCUAAGAACAUUUGGUGUCUGCAACAUCAGAAGUGAACACUCUGCUGAUUUGUGCAAUGCUCUCACAAAAAUGAGACAUCUUGUUCAUCUAGACAUUUUUGCUACAGGUGAGGAGAUGCUGCUGCAAAGACUAUGCUUACCUCCAACCAUUUCUUGGCUUGGUUUACACGGGCAGCCAGUAAAAGCAUCAAUGCCGUGGUCCCACCUUACUAGCCUCACACGGUUGCAAUUGUCAUUCUCCAAUAUUGACGAGGAAUCGUUUUUCAGUCUGUUGGUUUUACAUGGUUUAUACCAUCUUGAACUUUACAAGGCUUUUGUAGGGAAGAAAUUACAUUUCAUUUCAGGAUCAUUUCCGAAACUGCGGAUCCUAGGAAUAGGUAGCUCUCAUAAGCUCAACCAAGCUGAAAUAGAAGAUGGUGCAAUGGCAAGCCUUGUUUCGCUGAUGUUUGAUGAUUGUCCUGAAUUAAAGCUUCUCCCUGAUGGCAUUGAGCACCUCAGGACUCUUGAAGAUUUACGUCUGACAAAUACUGGAGAAGAACUCUUAGAGAAUCUUCGGCGGAAGGGAGAACAACCAAACGAAGAUCUUAUGAAAAUUAGCCACAUAAGAAAGGUUACUGUUGAACUAACCAAGAAAAACAUAUGGGAAAGGAUUAGGUGACUGCAAGACAUAGGCACAGCUUAGGGCUUGUGACCUUCAGAAGCUGCGCAGCAAUAUAAACAAUUCCAGCUCUAGAACUCCAGUCUUUCUUCAUGUGGGCUUCACAACAGAGUUCAAUAGUUCCACAGAAGCGGAAGAGAGAAAAAAGAGGGAGAGACUGCAUGAAUUAUAACAGUUUUGCAGCAUAAACGGAAUCCAAGUUCGGACGGACUACAGGGCGAACUAAGGCUACAGAGGCGACUCCGAUCCUUUCGCUACUUCCUUUCUAGCUGUGUGUCUGCUGCCAUUUUGUUACAAUGACUGGCUGCUGUGCAAGGCUGACGGUGCUUGCAGCGUUGCAAGAUACUGUGCUGCACCUCGCCUGGGUUGCUAGUGUAAUCUGAACUGAAAACCUGUAACGUCCCCCGGAAAAUACCCCUAAUAGAUUUUGUUUGUUA